CCGCAUCGCGCAAUGCGCGUUCAUCAGGAGCUCCGCGCGUCACAGACUCUCUAUGAAGAGCGCGUACACUGAGGAGGCGAGAGGAUGCGCUGCUCCCGGUCUGUGCUGUGCUGGUCUGAAGGAAGCAUAAAGCUCAGUGGGGGCUGAAGUAUGAACCAUAAGCUUUGAGCUCCCACCACUGAGACUAUGAGGCAAGCGGUAACCGCCACCCUGUCUGUGUGGGGAGAGAGGCGUUUCGGGUACUCCACCCUGAAGGACUCCAGCGAGUCUCUGUUGGACGAGCGUAAACUGAGGCCGGGUCUGAAAGAAGACUCUGUCAUUGAAGAAAAGGAACGGGCGGAGUAUGAGCAGGAACAUCUUGAAGCGGUUUUGGGACGUUCAGGGUCCCCUCUGGAGGACACCGGACACCAAACUGGGAGCGCAGAGCACUCGGACCCCACGCUAGAGUCAUGCACAGAGCGCAAAAACAGCGUGGGGGAAACGUCGGUGGUGUCCGGGGUUGACUUUACUGGGAGGAAGGGUUCUCUUGGUGCUUUGCCAAUGCAGCGGUGCACGUCUUUGGGCACCACUCCACCUCAGUGGAUCCCUGAUUCUCAGGCAGCUGCAUGCAUGAAAUGCGGCUCCAAAUUCUCCUUCACCAGAAGAAGGCAUCACUGCAGAGCAUGUGGAAAGGUGUUUUGUGUGGUGUGCUGCGACCUGAAGUUCCGAUUGACUCAUCUCGGGGGGAAAGAGGGGCGUGUCUGUGUCACCUGUCAUUCAACUCUGAACAGCCGGACGAUUCGCAAGGACCAGAAAAAAGUUUGGUUCGCUGACAGUCUCCUUUCAAUGCCUGAAAGUAGAAGUGCCAACUGCAGCCCGACACACAGGAGCACGAGCCAAACACCGAGGGCUGAACUCGCUCAGGCGGAAGUGUCUGACCUCGAGGCUGAAGAAGUCAGUGGUCUGAGUGGCAACUCCAAAAAACCCUCUCCACCAAAGGACCUUCCACCUAUUCUGACAUCAACAGGGGUCAAAGGAGAUUACACUCUGGAGGAGAAGAGAACCGAAUCGUCUCUCUUAGAGGAAUUGGAGACUGGUCUGGCCGAGCCUCUGGUGUUCGUGCUGAAUGCAAACCUGCUGGCCGUGGUGAAGAUUGUCAGCUAUGUGAACCGCAGAUGCUGGUGCGUUAUGUCAAAGGGAAUGCACGCUGUCGGCCAACCAGAGGUGGUUAUUUUACUGCAGUGCUUGCCGGAGGAGAAAAGAUUUCCAACGGACAUCUUCAAUCAUUUCAUUCAGAUCUACUGGGAUGCCCAGACAGCAGGAAAGCUUCUGAAUCACCUCAGCCACUCUUUGGUGUCCCGGGGGUUUCUGGGUAAUAAUGAGCAUGCUGGAUUUCUGUACGUGCGACCGUCGUUCCAGUCUUUGGAGGGACUGCCUUUGCCUGCGCCACCCUUCCUGUUUGGACUUCUUAUACUCCGUGCCGAGACACCAUGGGCUAAGGCCUUUCCCUUGAGACUCAUGCUACGUCUGGGAGCGGAGUACAGAUUUUACCCAUGUCCGUUGUUCAGUGUGCGCUAUCGAGAGCCUCUCUUUGGGCCGGUUAACAACAGCAUCAUGAGACUCUUAGUGGAUUUCCGCUUCUACCGUUACACGCUGCCUUCGGUGCAGGGACUCAUGGUCGAUCUGGAAGCUAGAAGCACCUGUAUAAGAAUCCCUAAAACACGCCAUCCUGAGCUGCUGAAGGCUCUGAAUAAAUCUAAUGAGAGAGUGCUGGCCCUGGGCGCCUGCUUUAAUGAGCAGGCAGACUCUCAUCUCAUCUGCGUUCAGACGGCAGAUGGACAGUAUCAGACCCAAGCCAUCAGCAUUCACAGUCAACCUCGCAGAGUCACUGGCUCGUGUUUUUUCGUGUUCAGUGGAGCGCUGAAAGCUUCCUCAGGGUACUUGGCCAAGUCAAGCAUUGUGGAAGAUGGAUUGAUGGUGCAAGUAACCAUGGAGACCAUGGCUGAAUUGCGACGGUCUUUACGAGACAUGAAAGAUUUCACAGUCACCUGUGGAAAACUUCACCCGGCGGAGAGGCAGGAAUAUGUGCUUAUUCAGUGGCAGGAUGAAGAGCCACGCUUUAAUAAAGGGUUUGUAUUGAUGCCUCUGAUAAAUUCAGUUUUGUUCAUAAUGUUUGUCUUUAGCAACAGAGAUUUGUUUGAUCCUGUGCUGGUCUGUUCUGCUGUCCUGUAUCCCAGUAUAAUCAGCCCCAUUGAUGGAAAAUCUAUGGAGUCGCUUACAAACGUCAAGACCCAUCAGCGCUUAGAAUACAAGGCCAAUGGGAAGGUCAUGCGCUGGACAGAGGUGUUUUAUCUUCAAAAAGAUCAACAUCUUAAUAACCACACUAGUCACAACCGGCUAACAGAACGUCUUGCACGGGCGUUCUGCAUGGCACUGUGCCAGUCUCUCUGUUUGCUUAAAGAGGAUGGCAUGACCAAACUGGCACUGAGAGUUAUCCUCGAUGGGCAAAAGAUGGAGUUUGUGGCAGGCAGCAACGGUCAGCGGUUGCCAGCACCAUAUCAAGACUGUCUCAACCAAUCACUGACGAGCGUGGUACAGAGUAACUCUUACUACCAGGGUCUCGCUGCCUGCCAGCUGGAGCUCAUCUUCUAUAUUCUUGAGGAUACGUCUUAAAAGACCCCGCAUGGACCACCCACUGUCACCUGUGCCAAACUUCAUCAGCAUUACCUUUGAGUUCAGUAGUUUAAUAUUAAAUCUAAUAGACUUUCGGGUGGUGUUUAGUUGAUAUCUUACGGCUCACUGUGAAUGGGUCUGGGGUUACAAGAUCAAAUGGCUUUAAGAACAGGUCAAGUAGCUAUCUAGUUUUCUCUAGUCUAGAGUCUCGGCUCAUUUCCAACAUGCAAAAACAAGGACCGAAGCGCAGCUGAAAACAAAUCUCCAGCAGAUGACUUUCAUUAGCAUGAUCUGAUAUUGAAAAGGAGUUUUGUUCAUUUUUUCCUGCUCAAUCUUCCAAACAUGGAUCUCCCACACUGUAGCCAAGGCAAUUUUCCGUCGCACUUCCUGAUAAAGGCGUGUUCCUCCAGAAUCACUGUUGAAAUCCCACGACCCACCCUAUUCUCCUGACUCGCAGGAGUGGCCUGACCUCUGCUCUACAUUGACGCACACCUGCUUGGAAUUCAGCCAGACAAAGGCAACGCUUGGAUAAACGGGAGCAGGAAUAACACACAAAAUCUGGUGUGUCUUUGUGCGUGCGUGUGUGUAUGUGUGUGAGACGAAAAGGCCAAACAGAGCGUAGGAUGACUGCUUUUUUCAGGAAGAGAAGAGACUUUGUUUACAUCCAACACGCUCCGCAUACUUGAGAUUGCAAAGGAUGCAGAGUAUGAAGAUAUGCGACGAACAUCUCCAAAUUUGUUGGACUGCCCUUGAAAGCCUAAGACAACAGGAACACACAUUACUCCUGCUUCAUUCUUGUAGAUAGUAUGUUAGAAGAAAAGUAUUUUAAUAUGGAGAUGCCAAAUAACAUGACGGGUGGAAUUGUAGAAUGACCUUCUAUUAUGGUGUUGAAUGAGGAAAUAUUGCGUGCCAUUAAUAUUUACGUAGAAAAUGAUCAUUAUGAAAUAGCAUAACAUGCCUAAAAUAAAAAGAUAACUAUUUUAAAAUGUGAA